AUGAUAGAAGCCGUGAAGAACGUAAAAUCCACACUUCGUACUCCACUAAUAAUCUUUACGAUCUCUGCAUUAUGGAUUCCAAAUAAUGUAGACGGCUUGAAGAAAACGUUAUUAAAUGUGUAUAGGUUUGUCCUAUUUACGAUUAUCCUUGGAAUUAACACAACUGCUGAAGCAAUUGAAAUUUUCAUGGUUUGGGGCAAUAUGUCAUUAACAAUGUCUUCAAUGUUUCUCCUGUUCACCAAUUUGUCAUGUAUCACAAAAGUUUUGAAUUGCAUAUUAAGAAAGAAAGAAAUCCAAGCAAUGAUAGACGAGGUUGAAGAAGAACUGGGUGCAGUGAGUGGGGAGGAAGAAAAAAAGAUUGUUGAUAGUGGUAAUCGGGUGACGAGUAUCCAAAUGAACAUAUACUUUGGCUUUUCAGUAAUGUCAAUUUUAAGCUUAACCAUCACACCCGAUGAAGGCCACCUACCUUUCCGGGGCUGGUACCCAUAUGAUACAACAAAAGCUCCAGGGCUACAGUUAACUUCUGCCUUUCAGUGUUUCGUAGUGGCAUUAUCAGCUGCGAUAAAUAUCUCCUUGGACAUUCUGGUUUCAACGCUCAUCUACCAGUGCCAUUCUCGUCUGCAACUCUCGGCUCUGAAGCUAAUCACGCUUUGCGAUGGAGUGCCUUUUAAUAUUCAGGGAUUUCAUUCCACCUAUGACGAAGAAACGGUGAUCAAUCGUCUUCAUCAAUGCAUCAAGCAGCAUCAGGCAGCACUGAAACAGGCACGUCUUUUGCAAACGUACUUCUUUGUGCCUAUAUUCUUUCAGUUUUCCGUUUCUAUGAUCACUAUAUGUGUUUCGGCGUAUUUGAUAGCCAUGGAAUCGAAUUUUGGCAACAUCGUUUCUAUGGGUUCAUACCUGUUGGCGAUGAUGUUGCAACUCUUACUUUAUUGUUAUAAUGGAAAUAAGCUACUACAUGAGAGUGGGAAUGUCAAGGAUGCGGCUUACCAGAGUCAGUGGUACAAGUGCAGCGUUCGAGUACGCCGCGAGCUUCUUAUGCUUAUGGCCAGGACAUACCGUCCCACGCGCCUGCGUGCUGGUGGCAUUACCGAUUUGUCUUUAGCUUCUUUUAUGUCAAUCAUCAAAGCUUCGUACUCGUUUUACACAGUGCUGCAACAGGUUGAUGAGGAAAAUUAA